CAAAUUCUUCCGACCGACCGACCCACCCCCGGAGUGGGUGGACAGGAAACCGGAAAUGAAGUUACAACGGCCUUACAGUAUAUGGCUUGCUGGCUCCUAGUGCCAAUUAAAUUCAUAGCUGUAUAUGAGCACAGGGCAGUUUGAGGGCAGGGGAAGGGACAGGCGGCUCUGCUCUUCAAAUGGGUUACAAGGACCUUGAGAAAGGGCAAAAGACUGGGCUCAGCGUAAAGUUGACAUUUGCAGAAAAGGUAGAAGAUUUCUUCAAGAAGAUUGUAGUCUAUGGCUACUACAACGGCAACAUUACGCAACCGGAAAACAGGUUUCCUUCCACGCCCCUGUCUGAAGAUAUCUGGAAGUUUGCAGGCGUGAAAGUGCUCGAAAAGACCACAGAAGUUGACGCUGUUCUUGUAUACAUCAACGAAGCGACACUGCAGGCUAUGCACCAUUUUUGGUUGCACCUUGCGGUAUCACUCACAGGCAGUGAGAAUGGUGCGUACAUUGCUGAGUCAGAGUCUGUCACUAAUGCUGUAGCCUUUGAGUUCGAUGAAGAGGAAUACUCCUCUAGGAAUGAGAGAGGGGCAAGCAAUCACAGUAGCCCAACCAGGACGGGUGCCGGGCCUUCGGAAGCCGUGCGCCCUACAAAAGUCACGACAAAUGUCCGUGAUUUAGUUCCCCUUCGCUCAGUCGUGCACGAACUGCCCAUCAGAAUCCCGGCCAGAUAUUCGGGGGAGCAGGAGAAUUGCUUCUUGCAGCAUGUGCCUGACAUCAACAAGUGGCUCCGCAAAAGUGGUUGCGAGGCGAAGCUCGCGUCGAUCAACGGGGAUGGGGCUGUAGAGAAACAGCUCGUCAAGGAGGUCGUCGGGUUUGUAGCAGCCAACAUGCGGGCCCUGUGGGGGACCCCUUUGCAGCAGGCAGAAGAUGCCCGGCACAUGGCAAGCGCCACGAACCUCGCAGUUGAUGGGGAAGGGGGAUUGAGAGCAGCAACCUUCAUUCCCGAUGAGCUGUGCGACCCAGACAAGAUUGAGAACAUGACAGGGACUGUCUUCACUACCCCCUAUCUCCGAUUCCUAGAAAUCCCCAUUCCCGAGGCAAAUCCAGACAACAAAGUCCGCAUAAAGCCAGGCCAAGAUUUCAAGAAAGGGUUAGAGCUUCUCGUGAAUUGCACGAUGCCCGAGCUGUUGAGGGGUGACAAGCACCAGCCUGACCAGAUCGCGAAGAGGCUGGCGGCCACUCGUGUGCGGUACGCUAAGAGUGCCAUGGUGGCCAUCAACAAGGUGGCAGUCAACCAGAAGAUCGCAGAAGAGAGGGAACGGGAGGAGCGGCAGCUGGCGCAGCUAGCGGGGGAGGAGAAUGAGUGGGCAGUGCAAGCUGCGGGCAUGACGGUGCAAAUGCCGGCAGUGCAAUCUCAUGGGCUCGCGACAUUACAGGAGCAGCUGGAGCUGCGCUUGAUAGAAGCGCGCGAGGAGGUUAGGCUGCUAGAGGCAGCUCUGGCGGGGGCAAGCAAAGUAGAUUCCGAAGUCAGAAAACGUAAGCGGGCUUGAAGCAUUGCACCUGUCACGUCAUAAAAUGUUUCAAUCGACACUGGGAUGGCUGUUCUUUUAGUCACGUUCACGGUCUGAUUCUAAUCUUCGCGCCUCCAUCCAUGAAGCGCGCAGACACUCCCGGUCCAAACCCGUGACAUAGCAUCUUUCAACAGACAUUGGGUCUGCGGUUUCUCAAUUACGCCUAUGAUCUUAUUCCAAAUCUUCGGGCCUCCAUUUGUGAAGCGCGCAGGCACUCCCGGUCCAUACAUCAAUCACUUGC